AUUGCAACAUAUGCAGUGGCUGCCUGCCGCGAGCGAGCGGGCGUCGUCGCUUUCGCUUAGUUUUUGCAAGAUGAUCAAUCUCGUGCAGCUGCUACCGCUCGUCCUCGCCGUGGCAUUGGCGGCGCCGGCCGCCGCGAGCCCGCCGCCGGACCCUGUGCAGUGCUCGUCCGGCGGCGGCACGGCCGACUGCACCGUGUCGAGCGCGUACGGCGUCUUCCCGGACAGGUCGACGUGCCGCGCGGCCGCCGCGGCGUACCCUUCGUCGGAGGAGGAGCUGAUCCUGGCGGUGGCCAACGCGACGGCGUCCGGGACGAAGAUGAAGGUGGUCACCAGGUACUCCCACAGCAUCCCGCAGCUGGCCUGCCCGGGCGCCGGCGACGGCGAGGGCCUGGUCAUCAGCACGAGGCGGCUCAACCGCGUGGUGGGCGUCGACGCCGGCAGGAUGGAGAUGACGGUGGAGAGCGGCAUCUCGCUGCGCGAGCUCAUAGCGGAGGCGGCCAAGGCCGGCAUGGCGCUGCCGUACGCGCCCUACUGGUGGGGGCUCACCGUGGGCGGCAUGCUCGGCACGGGCGCGCACGGCAGCUCGCUGUGGGGCAAGGGCAGCGCCGUGCACGAGUACGUCGUCGGGAUGCGCAUCGUCACGCCGGCGCCCGCUGCCGAGGGGUACGCCAAGGUGCGGGUGCUCGCCGCCGACGACCCGGACCUUGACGCCGCCAAGGUCUCCCUCGGCGUUCUUGGAGUCAUCUCUCAGGUGACUCUGGCGCUGCAGCCACUGUUCAAGCGCUCGGUGACGUUCGCGGAGCGGGAGGACGACGACCUCGCGGAGCAGGUGGCCACGUUCGGCUACCAGCACGAGUUCGCCGACAUCGCCUGGUACCCGGGCCUCGGGCGAGCGCUGUACCGCGUGGACGACCGGCUGCCGAUCAACGCGUCCGGCGAGGGCGUCCUCGACUUCAUCGGCUUUCGCGCCACCUCGACCCUCGUGAUCCGCGCCAACCGCCUCGCGGAGGAGCUGCUCGAGCGCGCCGGCAACGGCAGCGGCAAAUGCGUGACGUCGCGGGUGACCCACGCGGCGCUCGCGUCGGCGGGGUACGGGCUGAUGCGGCGGAGCGGCGGGCUGUUCGGCGGGUACCCGGUGGUGGGCCGGCAGAACCGGAUGCAGGCGUCCGGGGGGUGCAUCACCGGGCCGGAGGACCUGCUCCUGACGGCGUGCCCGUGGGACCCGCGGGUGAGGGGCUCCAGCUUCUUCCACCAGACGACGUUCAGCCUGCCGGUGAGCCGCGCCCGGGCGUUCGUCGACGAGGUCCGGCGGCUCCGCGACCUGAACCCCAGGGCACUCUGCGGCGUGGAGCUGUACAACGGCAUCCUGAUGCGCUACGUGAAGGCCUCGACGGCGCACCUCGGGAAGCCCGCCGCCGGCGCCGGCGCCGGCGACGCCGACAUGGUGGACUUCGACAUGACCUACUACCGCAGCCGCGACCCCGGCAGGGCGCGGCUGUUCGAGGACGUCCUAGAGGAGAUCGAGCAGAUGGGGCUGUUCAAGUACGGCGGCCUGCCGCACUGGGGCAAGAACCGCAACCUCGCCUUCGUCGGCGCCGCCGGCAAGUACCCGCGCCUCCGCGAGUUCCUCCGCGUCAAGGACGCCUUCGACCCCGACGGGCUCUUCUCCAGCGACUGGAGCGACAUGAUGCUCGGCAUCGGCGGCCGCGCGCCGACGACGGACGCGCCCGGCUGCGCGCUGGAGGGGAUGUGCGUGUGCUCGCGGGACGCGCACUGCGCGCCCGACCAGGGCUACGUGUGCCGCCCCGGCAAGGUGUACAAGGAUGCCAGGGUCUGCACCAAGCUGUAAUCUUGAUCACGUUGGAAACACACAAUUCGGUCAAUUCUUAUGGCGAUUAGUCACCCCCCGUAAAUUAGAUAUAGGACAGAGCAUUCCACGGCAAACAACUGAAAAACUGGUGGUGAUUCUAGUGUGUUGGCAUAUCACAAUUCAGUCAAUUCUCUUCUCUGUUGUAGAGAUAGAUUUGCAGGUGCAGUGUACUACGGCCUACUACAGCUGAACUAUGUUUAGCUCAUGUUUUCAGCUGCUUGUUGAUAUCUAGAUGUGUUAAUGUAUGCCAUAUUUGCCUAUUUUCAUGAGUAAUACUGUGAUCAGCAGUUGGUUGUACAUGAAACCAGAGUUUGCUGGAAUAAAGAGCUAGUGCAAGACGAAGCAGAAGUAGCUGAAUGAAUCAAUCCUCCAAUUGCACCAAACAAGUCAAAGACCACACGCGGAUGAGAAGGCAAGGGGGGAU